AUGCAGCUGUAUGGGAUAACUCUACAAAUCAACGAUCUACAGCUUGGAGACUCAAGGACUUACACAUGCACAGAUGACAAAACAAAGGCCAAAACUGAGCACACGCUGUAUGUAGUUAAAGUCUCAGUCUCAGUCAGCCCUACAGGUCCCUUACUGGUGUCCAGUGAGGCCACCCUGGCCUGUGAUGUUGAGGGACUCAGCAACACAGAGGUGAAAUGGAAACACAAAGAUUCAACAUUUCCUCAAAAAUAUACUAUAAACAGUGUGGAAGUUUCUCAUCGUGGAAAGUGGACAUGCCAGGUCAAGCAUCAGAACCUACCUGAUGGAGGAGAGGCUUCCCUGGACAUUGAUGUCAUAGAUAUGAUCAAGCACGGACCUGUGACUGUCAAACAGGGGGCAAAGGCUGUCCUGCCCUGCUCCCUCUCUACAUCUAACUUGGGAUCUCUGGAAGUGGUUCGAGGAGGGUGGAGACAGUUAAACUCCGCCCCUGAUGACGCCCCCCGCCUGCCCUCCCUAAACACCAACACAAAAGAGUUCCAAUGGAUCAGUAAAGACAUAGAUAAAUCUAAAGUGUAUUUCCCUUACGACAAUCUCAAGACCAACCUCUCCAUCACUCUGUUAAAGGUCAAGACUGACCAGGCAGGCAACUAUGAGUGCUAUGUUGAGUUUAAAGGUGGAAUAACUCUCACAGCAGAGGUCACUCUCACAGUGAAUGAAGGUGGCUCAAAGGGGAAUUCCCCAAAGCGAAGCCCAGGCAAGACUGGGGCCACUCCCUCCUGGCGGGGUCUGAGCAUAUGGCACUGGGUGGGAGUGGGAGCAGGCAGUGUGGCCGUGAUCGCACUUGUCAUCGCUGUGGUCCUCGUCCAUAAGAGCAACAAAAGGAGGAAGAUGAGGAUGAGAAAGCUGAGGUCGGUCAGAAAACCUUUGACAGCUAAUGACUACUGCCAGUGCAACCGACAGCCUCCAGGAGAAAACAUGAACAGACCAGUGCGGGUCCCACGGCAACAGCGUGUUCCUGAAAACCUUCAACUGAACGGAGGUUAUGGAGGAAGACCACGCAUGUGAAGGAACUAAAGGAGAAGAUGAAGAAAUAAUCAUCACAUGUGUGUGUGUGUGUGUGUGUGUGUGUUUGUGUGUGUGUGU